AUGCAGCUGCAUACCGACCAAGUUGCUAUCCAGCCCCCAAUUCGAGACAUUGCUUUUGGUUUGAACAUCAUGUGGUUCCUGGAGGACAUUACUGAGAAGAACGGAGGCACUCGUGUAUUUCCCGCCUCUCAUCUCGGACGGGUCGCCCCUGAUGAUCUUUUCACCAUCGAUGGCACUGUCGCUGCCGAAGGUCCAGCUGGAACAGCCCUCGUUUUCGACAGCCGUCUGUGGCAUGCCACUGGCCCCAACCGUGAGGAGAGUGGCGAGCGUCCUGUUAUCCUGAUUUUCUUCAUGCGAUCUUUCAUUCGCCAGCAGGAGAACAACUUUCUAUCCUUGCGCAAGGAUUUUGAGGGCAAGCUGUCUGACAGAGUCAAGAGACUUCUUGGCUUUUAUACCACGGGAGCUCUUGGGGGCAUUGAAGGUGAGGUCCGCGAAGGCAUUUUUGUGACGAGGAAGGACGACUGUGUUGAUACUCUCCGUGCCGCGCAUGAGGGUUAG